AUGUCGAACCAAACCAUCUUGAGGAUCAAUAGGGAAGUUGCUGCUAUCCAGCAAGGUAGUGACCUUUCCAUUGCAGUGGCCUGUCAGGAAGAAGACGUACGUCAUGUGAAAGCACUCAUCAUCGGCCCUCAUGCCACACCUUAUGAAUACGGCUUCUUUGAAUUCACUGUCAACUUCGGCGCCGAAUACCCUAGCAAACCUCCCAAGGUCGAGGCGCGUACGACAAACAAAGGGAGAACUCGCUUCAAUCCAAACAUCUAUGCAGGCGGAAAGGUUUGUCUUUCGAUUCUGGGGACUUGGCAUGGUGAACGCCCAGGCGAAGAGUGGUCCUCCGCUCAAGGCCUGGAGUCCAUCUUGUGGUCGAUCCAGAGCCUGAUGUCCAACAACCCCUAUGAGAACGAGCCAGGAUACGAGAAUGCCAAAAGUGCUGAGGAUAAGAAGAUGAACGAACUUUACUGUGCCAAGAUUCGACACGAGACGAUACGAGUUGCCGUCCUACAGAAACUGGAGGAUGCUCUCGGCAUACAAUCAGACGGUUCAAUUGCAGCCAACAGCUCCCCGAAAUGGGCAUCCGGAGACGAAGACGACGAGCCCCGUGACGAGAAGCCUGAGCCUGAACCCAAACUCAAGUUUGAACCAUUCCGCGAUCUCUACAAACGACGGUUCCUCUGGUAUUAUGAAACCUACAUGUCAACCAUCGAAGAGCAUACUCCAAAGCACAAAGACAGCUCGGAUUUCACCAAAAUGCCCUUUGAAGGAGGUGGGAAUUCGAUGGAUGGGAAAUUCCGCUAUGGUGAUCUGGGCAGACGCCUGGUCCGCGUCAAGCAAGUCAUCACUGAAGAGACGAACAAAUGGGCCGUGGAAGGUCUAGCACUCAAGACGCGUGAAUCAUCCAAGGCAGCAGGCGUGCAGCGACAAUUCGAGCAGAUCGGAGAUUAUCUCAGGCAAAAGCAGUGUCAUAACCUAUCAGUGGAGCUGGAAGAGAACAAUCCAUAUGUGUGGCUGAUGACGUACUUUGGUAAACCCAUGACUCACCUAGAUGGUGGCAUCUUCAAGAUCAGAAUGAGCAUCAGCCCUCGCUUCCCGGACCAGCAGCCUCGCAUCAAGGUUGAGACUCCCAUAUACCACCAUCGAGUUUCCAAGGACGGUGUCAUGUGCUACUUUCCAAAGAAGCCCGAGGAAAUCAGAAAUCAUGUUGAAAGCAUUGUGGAGGCCUUGGAAGAGGAUUCGCCUCCUUAUGAUCCUCGAACGAUCGUCCGUCCCGAGGCUAGUAAGUUGCUGUGGGGUUCGGAUAGCGACAAGAAGAGAUACUAUCGCCAGCUCAGAAGAUCUGCUCAGCAAUCCUGUGAAGAGGGCGGAAUGUGA